AUGCUCCUUGCACCUGAUAUUGUAGAGGUGUUUUCUGGCAGGACCAAUACCCCUGCUGUGCCAUCAAUUGUACCUCUGCCUACUCCUGUGGCUUCCCCUCCCUCUAUUGUUGACACCCCUAUCAAAUUAGGUAGUUCCACGAUAAUGAAAGAUAAAGUUGUUGGCCCAAUGCCAGUUGAGGAAUUCCUGCCAUCUUCACAGAUACCAAAUUAUGAUGCUUUGAGCUUCACUUUGGCCUUCAUGCCUCACAUGUUCAGUGAUAUGCUCUCUGCUGUUGUUGAGGAGAAUGCUUAUAGACCAUUCAUGAGUAUCCCUGCAUAUGUGACAUUGAGAUUCUUGACAGUCCAAAUAUAG